AAAAUGGACGUUGACAGUGAAAGUACAGCAACGUCAAUAGACGAUGAAAACACAGAAAAUUUCUGCGAUAAUCCAACGAGAGAUACGUUAGCUGAAGGGUUAAUGGGCCUUAUAAAACCGACGGUUGAUCAAUUGGAUGAACGCGUUAAAGCGACCAGAUUAUCCCAAAUAGAGUUGAAACAGUGUAUAGAUUCGCUUGGUGAUCAAUUGAAGAAUAUUUCUGAUUCGCAACAAUCAACAAUCGAUUUGGACGUUUAUGUGAAGAAACUUCAAAACGCCAAAAAUCGCGUCACUAUUUUAACUAACAUCCUUCAACACGCUCAGGAUAGAUUAAACAAAGUGCACCAAUCGAUUGAACGCGAAACAAUUAAACGUAAAGUUAUGGUUGAUACGUUAGUUUCAGAACAGAGUACUUCUAAUACUGUGAUAUAAAGAUUUCGAUAAAUUAAGAUGUCAUUACCAACACCGUCAUAUGAUUUAAGUGAAUUUAAGAAUGUUUAUGAACCUAGGGAAGAUACUUUCUUGUUAUUAGAUGCAUUAGAAAAAGAUUUAGAAAAUAU